AUGGAUAUCUUGGUAGAAAAUGAACUGAAGGGACUGUGUUUGAAUGGAACUCGUAAACGGUCAAAUUAUUUGUCUUGGGACGAAUAUUUUAUGUCUAUAGCACUUUUGUCCGCUAUGAGAAGUAAGGAUCCUUCAACUCAAGUUGGUGCUUGUAUAGUCAAUACAGAGAAUAAAAUUGUUGGGAUAGGAUAUAAUGGAAUGCCAAAUGGUGUUUCAGAUGAUGAUGUCCCCUGGGGAAAAGAAUCAACUAAUGAACUAGAGAAUAAAUAUUUAUACGUUUGUCAUGCUGAAUUAAAUGCUGUAUUGAAUCGUAAUGAAGCAAAUUCUAAAGGUUGUAUCCUAUUUUCAACAAUGUUCCCGUGUAAUGAAUGCGCCAAAGUGAUUAUACAAGCAGGUAUCAAAGAAGUCGUAUAUUAUUCGGAUAAGAAAGUUGGAACACAAUCUAAUAUAGCUGCUAAAUAUCUUUUUGAAAAGGCUGGUGUUAAAAUAAGACCAUUCACUCCAACUGGUCGAGUUAUCAAUAUUGCUCUUAGCUAA